AUGGGUGCCUGUGUUUCAUCCCAGGAGACAGAGACUAGUAAAUCUAGAGGUAAACUUGAAGGAAAAGGAAGAGGACAAAGACAAGCACAAGAACAAGCAGAUUGGUGCAACAACAAACAGCAGUCCAAGACAACAAAGGUGAUUCACAUGAACUACGGUUGGCUCAAUGAAAUCAAGCUACCGAUGCAAGCCAAGGCUGUCACCUCCCAGAACCCCAACUGCUUCCUCUGCAGCUCCGAGUCCUUGUCCAUCGGCAAGCGUCCGACACAGGUACCCCCCGAGGAGGAGCAGCAACCAGGUCAUAUUUACUUCCUUAUGCCUUUGUCUCACGACUGUUUUGAAAAGGAAGAUCAGUGUUUCGAGUUCUUGUUAUUAACUCAGGGUCAGGAUAAUUUUAAUUCUGUCCAGCGUUAUUAA